CAGCCUCACGGGGACGCGUUUCGGCCGUUCACUCCCAAUUUACGCAGCAGCUGAAGUCAAACGCACCUCCCCGGGGCCGACGUCCCCUUCCUCGACGCGGAGCAGCGGGGCGGCUCACGGCCGGUAGGGAUUUCCAGGAGCUGCGUGGGAAAGGGGCGAGCGGGGGGGGACCUGUGGGGUACUGGUGGAGUACGGCCAGCCCCCACCUGUCCAUCUGUCCCCGCGUCCGUCCCCGGAGCCCCCACCCCGUUCCUGCCCCUUUCCUCCACCCUCCCGUCCCUGGGUGGGACGCGGGCGGAGCCGCUCCGCGUUGCCCGGGGCGGGGGGGUCCGGUCGUGGUGGGGAGGUCCGGGGACAGGACGGGCAGGACCGCCCCGUCUGGGCAGCGCUGCGCGGAGGAAAGCGGCGCUCCCGGGGUUCAGCGCUCGAUCCCGGGUCGAAGCGGAGGUGCGCGCGGCUUCUCCGGCGCUGCCCAGCGCCCUCUGGUUCUCGGUGCCGGUCCCGCCAUGCCCUCCUACCCGCAGCGGACCCUGACGGUGCUCCUGCUCUUCGGCACGCUGUCCGCCGUCAUGGCCCUGCUCGCUUCCAGCCUCAUCUUCCAGCUGCCGGCGGGUCGGACCGCUCUCGGAAGCGGUCCCGGUGCCGUUCGAGGAGCGCUGCCGGAAUCCGCGGCCGCCGUUUUGCUGCCGGUGUCGGCCGUGCUGGCCGCGCUCUGCCUCGUGCUCAACGUGAGCUGCCUCCUCCUCUGCCUCCUCCACGGCUACUUCAGCACGGAGCUGUGCCGGGGGCAGCCCGGGCCCGAACGGGCAGAUUGGUUCCUCCUGGACAGCCGGACAGUUCGCCACGCGGCCAUCGGCUUGUUCUGCUGCGGGGUCUCAGUCUAUCUGACAGCUCUUGCCAUCUACAUGCUGCUGCUGUUUGAACUCGAGGCUGGCAUCGCCAGCGCCUGCAUCCUCUCCUCUGGCAUCAUCGUGCUGUUGGUGACGGUGACGCACGCCCUGGUCCGCGCCUCCCAGCUGUCACACAGCCACUCCGAGAUCUCUCACACUCUGUAUGAGAACGACUCUGCCCAGCACAGCGAAACUCCCGGCAGCAAUCUGAACAACAAGAGCAUCCCUGUGCCCCGGCCCCGGCCUGAGAUCCAUCGGGAAUUCUCCUUCCCUCCGUUCCUGGAGCGCAAAUCUCAGCUGGGCUCUCCGGCCAGCAGCAAUCUCACCUCCUCGGGCAGCCCUGGGGCACGCUCUGAGAAGGAGAGCUACCACCUGCCCCGCACACACAGGACGCUGUCAGCAGAGUCAGCCUUGCUGCAGGCACAGGGCAAACCCUGGAACGGCGUCACCCAGGAGAUGAGGAAUGUGCUGGCACGCAAACCUGGAGCCUCGGGCAAGGACUCGACCCUGGUGUGAGUGGAAUGUCCAUCUCAUCACAGCAGAACUGCAGGAGCCAUAGCCAAGAUCUGCAUCUCUGUUUAGAGCUUAAUAUAGGUCACGUCACAGCCCAAGUGUCAACGAUCCCUCAUGAGGUCGGGAUGGCUGAUUUUCCACCCUCUGCCCUCCUGCUCUGAGGAUGCUGCAUGGGCCUGUGCAGCCACAGCCACAGGUUUUCUUUGCUGAGAAGCCCCUCCUGCAGUGCUGCUGGCACUUGUCUCCCUGCAAACAAGACAGCAGGGGCAGGGAAAGGCUCGAGCAGGACUGUCCCAUCUCUGCAGGGCACUGAGCAGCAGCGAAGGAAGUGGCAACACAUGUGAGGGGCGAGAGGACUUUGUCCAGGAGCACACCUACCCUCCUUCCCCAGCAAUCCCAGCUAGUUUCUCUGGCUGGCCAUGCCCCUCUCCCCUUCCAUUGCCUCCUCUAUUCCCUCAGUCACCAGCUCCUCAACCCUCUGGGCAGGACAUGGGAGCUGCCCAUCCUGUGUUCAGUGGGAAAACCUUGCUGGGGAUCACCUGGAUGUCACCUAAGGACGGUGCCAAUUGUCAGUGCUGAGACCUGUGGCGCAGGAAGGGCUAUGCUGGUGGUUCUCUGCUGUCUGCAGGGCAGAAUGCACAAGUGCAACUGCUGCUCCUGUUAAAAAUGAGUGGGUUCAGCUCACAGUUACUAAAGCUACGUGCUUGGAUCCUCCCCACAUCCUCAUCAUCCAGCAAUCUGUAAAGCAUUUCAGGGAGUGAAGGAAGGCUGCUGACCCAGAUCCCCCCUCACCUUCCAUGUUAUCCUCACAGACACCUGUGACUCUGAGCACAAUACACAGCACUUUUUUGGAAGUUUAGCACUGCUUUGAUCCCUGUAUCCUUGGUAAAUUCUUCAGCAGAACAGAACUGUUGGUUCCAAGAGAGAUUAACACUGCAUGACACAGAAUGAAGAAAGUCCUUUUCUUUUUCCUUCCCAAAGAACAGGAGAGUUUCUUUCUCACUUGAAA